UCUUCCAAGCCGUCCGAUUUGGGUGUAUGGGUUGCUAUCACUAUGCCUCCAGCUCCCGUUGGCCUUGUUAUAACCCCAACACUGUGAGGGCGCUUCACGGAUGUUCCUAGCGUAGAGACCACCAACCAACCUCUACACGCCAUGACUGUUCUACCAACAAUCGACCAUACGCCGAGGUUGCUUCAGCCACGCACCGCCACUGGAAAUGAGCUCAGUGUUGGCGCAAUCGCGGGAAUUGUUAUCGGAUGCAUCGUCGGUGUGCUUCUCCUCCUCACCAUCUUCUGGACAUGUCUGCUCGGGAGCCAUAUAUUCACGAAAGCAAAGAAUUUAUCUACGUCGGUUGUGGACAAGGCGGAAAAAGGCCAUGCUCGCGCAAAGGAUCUCUACACUGCUGGUCGAGAACAAGGUCGUCAGCCGUCGGAAACACAAGAUGCGGCUCACUAUGGCGAGUUGCAAUUUGAAGACCAGAGUCCGUUGGCCAAUUACUGCUUUGCUGAAUCUGAACCCCCCGUUGACUUUCGUGUUUCUAAUCCCUUCUCCAUUAUUGAACUCCCCGCUGCUCGGCAAGAACAAAAGGAGUACAUAGAAAGAGGCUAUUCAUCGACAGUGGAUAAGAAGCCAGUUGUGGUAGAUGCGAAGCGGAUCCUUGGCACCGACGAUGCUUCGUACUUGGACGAAAUAACGUCGCAUGGUCGUAAAGCACCAUGGCUGACCGCAGCUCCAGCGGGUGUAGCGUCGGGCUCUAAAACGCCAUUCCUCGGAACUGGAGACUCACACGAAACUCUACAAUCAAGUGAACGCUCUAAAGCCUGGCUUCAGGACUUCAGGCCCGAUAGAUCCACCUACAACCAUUGUCCGCCAGAAAGCACUUCAGCAGAAUUGCACCCGCCACAAUCCGAUGGUGAAGAUACUGUUGAUUACUUCGCCUUUAGCAGACCGAGGCGAAGCCGCGCGAUCGUAACAAAAAAUACAGAAGGCGAAGUUACGGAACAGUCCACCUUCCGGAGGUGUGAUCUUGACAAACAUGUCUGUGUCAAUCCGUGGGAUGUGGAGCACCAGCCCAACCCGGUUAUAUUCUCUCACUUGUCAUCUUCAGUAAAAACCACACCGAAACAGAACGUCGAUCAUGGCACAGCAUGCGCUCCAAAUUCAAAAAUGCUGUCAACGUCCGAGGACUGCAUUGGGAUGAGUCGCUCAAAUGCGAUCAGGCUCCACGAUCCCCCGGCCCCAUGCGCAACUCCCACAACACUUGAUCCAGGCGGCACCUUAUUGACACUUCAUCCCAUCAUGACUGAAUCUUCGGAUGAUACGGUACAUUCGCUGGGAUCUAGUACAUCAGAGCUCUCAGUAGAAUCAAUAUCACCUGUCACAGCAACGUCUGGAGAAUUUUCACCGUUCAAAGGUAAAGAACGGUGCUUGGACAAGCUUGGAACGGUCGAAUUCAUCAACUUUGCUGCGAUCAUACCAGCGACUCAGCCCUCAAGUAGCCUCGACAAUGACAUCGCAAUCGCCUCUUCGUUGAGUUCCCAUACCUGGACGGAUAGCGGCGCGAUUAAUCUUCCUUCGCAGGCAUCACCGCUUUCAUCACCACCCAGCGUGUCGACACCAGCGAAGGCUUUAGUGUCUCCUUCAGUAUCAACCGAAAUGAGCACUGAUACGGCGUUCCCAUGCCCUCUAUGCCACCUUAGCUUUCGAACACCAGGCCUGAGGAGAAACCAUCAGAAUCGUAAACACAACCUCCGUUACCCCUGCACAGUUUGCAACUCAAGGUUCGGGCUACGAGCAGACCUCCAACGGCACGAAAAUAAUGUUCACCGAUAUGAUACUCACGCCAUUCCUGCGAAACUGUUUAGAUGCCCAAACAUCGACUGUACGACUCCGGGAAAGACAUACGCCCGAAAAGAUAACUUCAAAAGGCAUGUACAGCGUUGUGAGAAGACCAUCGGUAUAGCGAAUGCAACGAGAAAUUGAAGUUGGACGGGUACAAGGGCGACAUUUGCGCUGAGGCGUACGAGCCGAGCACCGACCAAGACCUGUAUGCGGCCUGGUGAGACAUAACGAGUGUA